AUGGUACACAGCUCUUUGGGCGGGGAGGCUACAUUUGUUUACAACAAAACGAUAUUCUGGGCCAACGAUGUGGCAUCUCCCACCAUUUCUGCCUCCAUCGCCUCACAGGGACCUACAAACGUUCCCAUAACAACAGACGUAGCCACCAUUCCUCCUAGCACAACGGCUGCCCCGGCUGAGGAUCCACUUGGGAUCACUACAGGAGGAUGUGGAGUAACGAAAGGUUGUUACGGAGUCCCUGACGGCUGUUCACCACCAGACUGUGACUUCCUGUCCACCUGGGUCACAGAUGCUGCUGGAGAAAAUGUUAUCAUAGAAAUAACCGGAAAAAGCGAUGGAUACGUAGCCAUAGGAUUUUCCAGUGACCAACUGAUGGCUGAUGACGACAUGUAUGAAUGCAUGCGUCACCCUGACGGAAACAUCGAGGUGUUCUCCAGCUACUCUACAGGUCGCACUAUGCCGACAAGAGAGGCCACAAAUUCCGGAGUCAGUAAUGUCGAGGUGGCAUACAGCAAUGGUUUGCUGUCCUGUCGAUUCCACCGUACUGUACGGCAGACAGCACGGGCAGGGACAGGAGCUGACCAGUACUUUGACCUCGGCAACUCUUCCUACCACAUCUUUCUGGCUGUCGGACCAACAAUGGUUCAGCCUGACGGCACCGUACAGAUCGCAGUACACACCAGUCGUGCCUACUCGGACCAACCCGUGGACGUCACAAGCAUCAGCCUGGUGGCCGCUGCUUCAACUCCCAUCUUGGUAAAACUACACGCUGGUUUGAUGAUGAGUGCGUGGAUGUUCACUGUCAGCGUUGCAGCUGUGAUGGCGCGGUUUUACAAACCCAUGUGGCCAAACAGCACCUGGUGUGGAGUCAAGAUCUGGUUUGCGAUCCACCGUGCUGGCAUGAUUAUGACAGUGCUGUUAUGCGUGCUCGCCUUCGUCCUCAUAUUUUUCUUCAAAGAAUGGACCUUUGUCACGGGUACAAAUGCCGAGAUACACGCCAUCAUGGGCAUCGUGGUGACAUUCCUGGCUGUCGCACAGCCAUUCAUGUCACUGGUACGAGGUGGGCCAAAUGAACCAAAACGCCGUGUGUUCAACUGGUUUCACUGGGCUUUUGGAACUGGAGCUAGAGUUGGGGCCAUUAUCGUGAUGUUCCUGGGUCUGGACUUCCCCGCCAUGGAUCUCCCUGAUGAAGCCAUGUACGUGCUGGCCAGCUGGGUGGCGUGGCAGGCUCUGUCAGAGGUCAUUCUGGAGCAGGAGUCUCUGCUCAAGUGUUGCUGUGAAACCAAGACAAAGGACGUGGAAGAAGUGGAGAUGCAAACAAGGAAGAGUGCCAGUUCGGUUGAUCUCAACCCUGAACCCAAAACACCCAACCCGCCUAACUCUGGAUUCAAGAACGCUUUCCUGGUGAUCUACCUAACCGUCCUGACCGGCUUCACAGUUGCAAUGUUUACAUUCAUCGGACUGCACUAACUUCCUUUCUGCUGAGCGCACAUAAACCAAUAUCAAGUUACUAGCUAUCAUUUUCAUGCAAUGUCAGCCGCGUUUGUAGCCAAAGUAUAGCGACUGUAGUAAGG